AUGAUCUGGUCGCCGACCAUGCGCGUGUGCGCCUUGGUGGCCGCAGUGGCCAUCGGCGUCGCCGAUGCUGGCCGCCUUUCAACAGGUAUUUGCUACGCUCCGUGGCACCACCCUACCGUCAAUGCCGAUGUUGUCGGCAAGGACUUGACCCAAGUCGGACAGUACUUUUCGAGCAUCCGUACCUUCCAGACUCUCUUCAGCGGCGUGAACGCGAUCAACGCGGCCGCAGCGGCCGGCAUCAAGGUGGCCGUCGGCGUGCAGCUCACGGACCCGGCGCUUAUCGACGCUGAAAUCCAGGCCGUUUGUGACGGCUACGGGGCCAACCCGAGCGCCGUCGAAGCUGUGUAUGUGGGCAACGAGUGCCUCAAGAACAAAGACUUCGGAACUGUUACCGCUGACCAGCUUGUUGGCUACAUUACUCGAGUGAAGGCGUGCGUUGGCAACACCCCCGUCGGCUCAGUGCAGCGUAUCAAUGAGUGGCUCGCGGCUGACGGAGCCGACACGCUUUCGGCUGCCUGUGACGUCCUUGGUGUCAACAUUUACCCGUUCUUCACCAAUGGCCCGCAGUCGGCCGUGGAGAAGCUGCAGACUCAGUGGGAGCAAAUGGCGGCCAAGUAUGAUACCAAGAAGAUUCACGUGACGGAGACCGGGUGGCCGUCGCAGGGUGAAAACUACGGCAAGAACGCGCCGUCGGUCGACGGCAUGCAGCAAUACUUGAACGACUACGUGGAGUGGUCCAAGGACGUCCCGCAGAGCUACUGGUUCAUGAUGUACGACACCACUACGAGCUACACGGGCGCCGAGUACGAGAAGCACUUCGGCGUCUUCACCUCGGACGGAACGCAGAAGAUCACCGUGCCUACCGGCGACGGAUCCCCAGCGCAGACCAACACGACGAACACGACGGACUCGUCGCAGUCUCAGCAGCAAUCGACAAGUCCUCCUGCUGCUGCCAAGACCGGAGCGACGCCGGCCCCCACUCCUACGACUGGUACCCCCGUGUACACAUUCUCUGAGCGUGACAACACUGGCAAUGAAGCGGCCGGCACUGUC